ACGUCGCUAUGUUACAUUUUUAUAUACAUUCAUCUCCUUUCGUUCUUCAUUAUGUUUUAAAGUAUUUUAGAGGCCAGUGACAUCCUUUAUGAACUGACGGAUCUCAGAGUUGCCAAUAUCAGUGUAGGUGCCAGGGGCAGAGGCACCGGCGCACUCGGCACACCAGAGACGACACCGGCAAGUUUGCCGUUAAUGACAAGGGGGCCGCCACUGUCGCCGUGGCAAGAACCCUUACCGCCACCAGGCUGCAGGACGCAAAGGAAGCGAUCCGAGACGUGGAUACCGUUCGUAUCGUUCUUCUUGUCACAGUCAUCGUGGGUGAUGACGGGCAGGUCAACCUCCUGGCGCUUCUGGGUCUUGCCGUUCUCAGUAUAACCCUAGCCGGAGAGGUGGCCAGUGGCACCAGCGACGGCAGGGGAGCUGGCGAGGCCGAUAGCCUUGACAGAGUCGCUGAACUUGAUGUCGGAGGACAACUUUAGGAUGGCAAUGUCGUAGUCGAUCUGAAAGUCGUCUGUAAGGACAAACUUGGGGUGAUUGUGAAUCUCGGUAACGUUGUACUUGGUACCAGCACCGAGCUUGGCGCUGCCGACUCGGAUGGAGAGAUCGCUGGCAGUAAGAUUGCGGGUGCAGUGACCAGCGGUGAUGAUGUAGCGGUUGCUGACGAUGGUACCACCUCAGUCAAAGCGGCCGUUGUUAUCGUACUCAAUCUGGUAAGGGACGCUCUUGAUGUCGGCAUCGGUUCCGCCGUAGACAUCAGCUGCACGGGGAACAGAAGCAGCCAGAGCCUGAGAGGCGAGGCCGAGGACCAUUGUAGCCUUCAUGAUGAAAAUGGAGUGAAGAGAGGGAGCUGGUGGGAGAAGAGUGUAGGUAAAGAGUGGUGAUGAUGGGAUGAACUAUCCAGCAACGUCGAGGUCGCCUUGACAGUACUUAUAUCUGAAGAAUCCAUCGUAUUGGGGUUGGCCUACCUCAUAUCUUGAAUGGGCAGGUAUUCUUAGGUUCGUCUCCGAUCCUAAGCCGCAACAGCAGGCGGCGCGGAUAGCGCAGAGGGUGGUUGGGCUUGGAGGGCGAUGAUCCGCUGGGCCAAUUCACUUUGUAGUGUUGCAUCAGAAGCCCUGUUCUAAGUCAAGAAUAGAAGCUGCGCAGUCGGCCAUAGGGAUAAGCACGCCGCACCUUGAAACGUAGGGCGACUUGGAGAGGGGCGACGGCGCUAGGAAAUGAUCAACGCCAAACCCAAAUAGUAAGGUUAUUGGAUCUUGGCCGACUUGGGCAGUUGGGGUAGCGCCCCCCUAGAUAGUAAGGUGGCUAGAACCUACGCUGCAAACCCCCGUAGAUCUCAUCCAUUCAGCAUGGAUUUGGUUGCGGCGGAGACGCGACAACUCAGGUUAUAGUGUAUGAUAGCACUUGGGGUGGGGAGGGAGCUGAUCAUAGAUUCUCUCUCCACCGGAAGUUCGGCUUUUUUCUUCUUGUGAUUAAGCCGAUGAAUGGAUUCACUCUAAGAAUUCUUCUUUAAACCGUUCAAUUCCACCAUCACGGUCGUGUAUUGUCCAUAAUCCUGAUCUACACCAGCCAGCCACUCCCGCCUUCAUGCGGCGACACGGGGCCGAUUUUUGCGGGGAGGCCCUGGGUGAAAGUGGCAAUUCCCCAAUGCCUUGGUUAGCGCCGCGAUCAAGGCAUGACCCGCAGAUAUCGGCGAUUCGAAGUUAAAAAUGAAAGUAUUGUAGUAAAGCCACAUCGGGUUUGUGAUCGGUUUUUGUUUCAAUAGUAUACGCAGCGGUAAAUACAACCUGGCCUGCGGAUAGAUGUCGUUGACGGAGGCAUGAGUAAGAUGUUUAGCGGUCUAAACCGAGUGUAUCAUCAUCAUGAGCUGCGUGGAGAUGCGCAGGUGAAGAGCAUUGUAGAGUAAUUUAGUUUUGGUAAGCGAUUGACAGGAUUGGACCUAUACCUUGAGAGGUGAAGGGAAAAUAGGUACAGCAUCGAAGGAGUAGAGUGCUUAGUCGUGGGCCAAUAGCACAUGUUGAGCUGUUGUCGUCGUCAUCAGCAGAGAUACAUUUCCUAUGCUAGCCUCCAUUUCUGCCGUAAACUCUGAAACCUCUUAAGGCUGCUGCACAGAGCCAUUUGCUUGGUUGAGCUUGGACGACCUUGCGUAGCCCCGGCGCAAUGUGCAUGCCUAUCGCAGCACUGUCAUCAUUGGAGGGUUUCCCUGUUUUGAAAAUGUAGGACCUUGGUUGAAUAUAUUAAAAGAAUAAUUCUUUCUUAUAAUUUUGGUUUAAAAGCUGUAGCAUGACGCUGCAAGACUGCCAAUGCAACCCAUUGCCACGCGUUGCUGGCUGUACAUGCUGAGGAGAGGCGAGGAGGACCUAAAACAGAAUGGUGGUGCCUGGCUACUGCUGCGGCCGUUUGACUACGUAGCCACUUCUGACGACACGUGUGGGGGCCGGACUCCUGGUUGCGUUGCAAGACAAACUGGGAGCUGCCAUUGUUUCCGCCAGCACCAAACUCUACAACAAAAAAAAAAAUCCCUUGCAUGAAAAUAAUUCACAAAGCAAGCAUUUGAUUCUACAAAAGUUACGAUUCACGCUGAUUACGUCGGUCUGCUGCAUUGCCUUCGCCAAGUCCGCGCCUCCGUCUCUCCCGAACCAGCUCUAGCGACGUGUGAUCUGACGCUAACCUCGUGUCCUCGCCACCUUCAACGCCAUCAACCUCCUAGCUGCAGCAUGGCUGUCACGCCCUUCUCGACAUAGCUUGCGCCCGUAUUUCCCUUUGCCUAUCACUUGUUUUCUCCUUUGAUCCCGCAAAGCAUCGGCCGGAAUGUCGUCCUCGUCGUUGCACAAGCCCCCCGACUCCCCGACCCAUGACUCCGACUCCGACCUCGACCUCGACAUCCAAGAGCUUGAUCCCAUCUCCACGCAGCCCACCCGAGAGGCCCGCAAAGCUCAAGAUACGGCAUCGCCGCAGCCGUCGCGCAUAGCUCUGCGGAAUCUGCGUAUGGGCGGGCUUCGACGCGCCGGCAAGCGCGGCCGAGGCUACGGCGAGCUUGGACGUGAUCGAGACGACACCGACGAAGACCUUCAGGGCCUCCUGGCAGACGAAGAGAGCGGCAUCCGCAAGGGCGACGAUGAUGCGCCGCUUCUUGGCUCUCAAGGCCGCCAAGGCCGUCGCUCUUUUGGGGCGGACCGUCGACGGUCCAUAAGCUCGGUGCUUCGCUUGCCCAGCUUCAUGUCUGGCAACAAGAACCCUGGUGAUGAUGACGAAGACAUGCGCGAGGAGGAUGACCCAUCGACAUCCCGUCUCAUUGCUGUCGGUUCAACGCAGUCUGUCCGCUUCCCGACAAACAUGGUCUCCAACGCCAAAUACACCCCUUGGUCGUUUCUCCCCGUAACCCUCUACAACGAAUUCUCCUUCUUCUUCAACAUGUACUUUUUGCUUGUUGCGCUUUCUCAAGUAAUACCGGCCUUGCGAAUUGGUUAUUUGUCAACAUAUAUUGCGCCGUUGGCGUUUGUUUUAGUUAUCACGAUGGGUAAGGAAGCCUACGAUGAUAUCGAGCGUCGCCGCCGUGACAACGAAGCAAACUCCGAGCUCUACACCGUUUUAAAUUUUGUCGAUGCGAACUCAAAUAUAAACCGCAGUCGAUCAAAACGAGCACUCAAGUCAGAGACAUUACGGCGAGGAUCUAAGAAGUCUCGUAAUGACCGCUCAGAACUUACCGAUAUUCAAGAGGAAGACCAGGGUGCGCCAGAGGCAUCUUCUUCAAUUAUAGAGAUUAGCCGCAAAUCAAGAGAUCUGGCCGUUGGUGAUGUCUUACAGCUUACCAAGGGUCAGCGAGUUCCAGCUGAUGUGGUUAUCCUGCAAUGCUCCAAUACUGAAGUGGUGGAAGCCGAGCCAGCACCUCCAGCUGUGGAGGAGAACUUGUUGGCUUUGGACGACAAUGAAGGUGAAAGCUCGGCGGCAAAUGCACAGCGAAAAUCUACAGCAGUGCAAUCAAGUGCGCAAGCGCAGACAGUUGGCGAAGCCUUUAUUCGAACGGACCAGCUUGACGGUGAAACAGAUUGGAAGCUUCGACUUGCGUCGCCGUUGACGCAAAACAUUCGCCCAGAGGAAUUUGUUCGUCUCCGUGUGACUGGAGGCAAACCAGACAGAAAGGUGAACGAGUUCAUUGGAACUGUUGAGUUGCUCAAGUCCCGACAGGAAGCUAUGGAACACCAUGCCGCCCUUGAUCACGACGAUGAUACCCCCAAAACUUUUGCUCUCUCCAUUGACAAUACCGCUUGGGCCAAUACAGUCAUUGCGUCUCAAGGUACUACGCUGGCUGUUGUUUUAUACACUGGGCCUCAUACUCGCUCUGCCCUUUCAACCGCUCCCUCACGCUCCAAGAGCGGCCUUCUCGAGUACGAAAUCAACUCUCUCACCAAGAUUCUAUGUGCCCUCACGCUAGGAUUAUCCAUUCUUCUAGUUGCCCUAGAAGGCUUCAAGAAUGACAAUGGCGCCUGGUAUAUCAAGAUUAUGCGCUUCCUCGUGCUCUUCUCAACCAUUGUGCCCAUCAGCUUGCGUGUCAAUCUUGACAUGGGAAAGAGUGCAUACUCUCGCUUCAUACAGCACGACUCAGGAAUCCCCGGAGCUGUCGUACGAACCAGCACCAUCCCAGAAGAUUUAGGCCGAAUUGAAUAUCUGCUCAGUGAUAAAACCGGAACGCUAACCCAGAAUGAUAUGGAGAUGAAGAAGAUCCACAUCGGCACAGUCUCGUAUGCGAAUGAAGCCAUGGAUGAAGUGUCAACUUAUGUGCGUCAAGGAUUUGCCGUGCAGCCCACGGUUGAUCCAGCCUCGCAAACUAUGCUCAUUACCCCGGCAUCAACCUACUCGAAUGCUGUUAACGUCGGUGCCACAAGAACGAGGCGUGAGAUUGGUACCCGCGUUCGAGAUGUGGUUUUGGCGCUAGCAAUCUGUCAUAAUGUCACUCCAACCACAGAGGUUGAGGAUGGGGUCGAGGUGACAUCAUAUCAAGCUUCAUCUCCUGAUGAAAUUGCCAUUGUCAAAUGGGCCGAGUCGGUUGGUUUAAAGCUGGCGUCUCGUGACCGCAAGUCAAUGUCCCUUGAAUCUACAGAUACAGGUCGCAUCGCUGUCCGUGUGCGCAUUCUAGAUGUGUUCCCGUUCACGUCUGAAGGCAAGCGAAUGGGUAUCAUUGUGCAUUUCCAGGAUAACCUUCAUGUCGAAAACUCAGAUCUGUCUUCUGGAGAGAUUUGGUUUUACCAAAAGGGUGCCGAUACCGUGAUGGGCCCUAUUGUUGCUUCGAACGACUGGCUUGACGAAGAAACGGCAAACAUGGCCCGUGAAGGACUGCGUACUUUGGUUGUUGGCCGCAAAAAGCUCUCGUUCCAGCAGUACAACGAAUUCCACUCUGCGUAUCAGUCGGCAUCACUGUCUAUCCACGCUCGAGAUGUUGGGAUGCAGAAUGUUGUGUCACAGCAUCUCGAGAAAGACCUGGAGCUACUCGGCGUAACCGGUGUUGAAGAUAAACUGCAGCGUGAUGUCAAACCAUCUCUUGAACUCCUUCGCAACGCCGGCAUCAAGAUCUGGAUGCUCACGGGUGACAAGGUUGAGACAGCUCGCUGUGUUGCUGUCAGUUCUAAGCUUGUGGCCAGAGGCCAAUACAUCUAUACUGUUUCGCAACUCAAGAGAAAAGAUGGCGCACAAGAGCAUCUCGAAUUUCUACGAAGCAAAACCGAUGCGUGCUUGCUGAUUGAUGGCGAAAGCCUUGCCCUCUUCUUGAGACAUUUCAGAACCGAGUUCAUUUCCGUUGCCGUUCUCCUCCCUACGGUUGUCGCCUGUCGAUGCUCGCCUACACAAAAGGCCGAAGUUGCAACUCUGAUUAAGGAGUAUACCAAGAAGAGAGUGUGCUGCAUCGGCGACGGUGGCAACGACGUCUCUAUGAUUCAAGCUGCGGAUGUUGGUGUCGGUAUUGUUGGCAAAGAAGGUCGCCAAGCUAGUUUGGCGGCUGACUUCUCCAUUGAGCAAUUCCAUCACUUAGUAAAGCUUCUUGUUUGGCAUGGCCGUAACAGCUACAAGCGAAGUGCCAAAUUGGCACAGUUCGUUAUCCAUCGUGGACUGAUCAUCGCUGUCUGCCAGACAAUGUACAGCAUUGCACUUAAAUUCGAGCCUGAAGGCUUGUACAAAGACUGGCUUCUUGUUGGCUACGCAACAAUCUAUACUGCCGCACCCGUCCUGUCGCUCGUAUUAGACAAGGAUGUGGACGAAGACUUGGCAAACUUGUACCCCGAGCUCUACAAGGAACUUACUUCUGGUCGAUCGCUCUCCUACCGCACGUUCUUUGUUUGGGUCCUGGUUUCCAUCUACCAAGGUGGUAUCAUCCAAGGUCUGUCGCAGAUCCUCACAAAAGUGGAAGGCAAAAAGAUGGUUGCCGUCAGCUACACGGUUCUUAUCCUCAAUGAACUCAUCAUGGUCGCCAUGGAAAUCACAACAUGGCAUCCAGUCAUGAUUAUUAGCAUCCUCGGCACAUUCUUGGCCUACAUUGGUUCUAUCCCUUUCCUUGGCGAAUAUUACGACUUGCAAUUUGUUAUCACUAUUGGCUUUGUCUGGCGGUGCGUGGCUAUUUUGGCCAUUGCUCUAAUUCCUCCUUACGCGGCGAAGCUAAUCCGCCGCACCAUGCGACCUCCUUCUUAUAGAAAGGUACAAAAUCGAUAGAUGAAGGCAGUCGCAUGCCUGAAUGUUGGAUUUCACGUUACGUCUUGAAAGCAUUUUGUAGAAAAGCGUUAUUUUAUUUUUGGCAAGGCGCUAGAUGUACUGGAUAAACAUUGCUUUUCUUGCGAAGCGUUUAUUUUUCGUAAUAUAAUACAUUUAGUUUAUGAUACAUGUGUUUCUACAACUUUAGAACGAUCCAGUCGUUCUUGAAUGACUGGUCACCGCGCUGCAUCUUGGCAAUGAUGCCUCCAACUGCGCCCUGAGUCUCGACACCUUGAACCCAAGCUUUAGGCCCUGAGAAGUGCGAGACAAACCCUUCUGGCCCUGAGACUAGAAUCAAGCUUUUUCCAGCGCCCCCAGGAGUUGCGUUGCAUACGCACGUCUCUCCUUGCUCUUCAAAUUCCGAGGACACUGUAUGCAUGAGUUGGCUGUGCAGCCUGCAGCUCUCAUUAGCGAGACUUGUAUGUGUCGUGAGUACACUGUUGACUGCAUCUCGGAUAUCUCGCUCCUGAAUAAAAGUCUUGUCUUCAUCCACUGCGACUUUGAUAGCGAGUCUGUUGCCGUAUCGAGCUUUAAGCGCAACAAGCUCACGGCCUAUUGGGCUAGGGGACUGAAUAUCAAUAUCCACAUUGCGCAAGCCAGACGUUGAUCCGGAGAGAAACUGCCACCAUGAUCUUUGUUUCUGAGGGGUUGUACUCUGUAGCUCCUCGUUCUUACGGAUAGCCCAGAGUAGGUUGACCGUCGCUGUCGAGUCUGCAUCAAGUACUGCUUUGGUAACCUGCAUGCCGGGGGCAAUGCCUGUACCACCUGCUAGAAACACGACAUGUUUUUGAUCUCCUAGUCUGUCUGCAAUGUUGAACCCGGAAUGGGGGCCGCGGAGCCACAUCUGUCGGCCAACCCCUAGUUUGCCGAGAUAGCUCGACAUUUCGCCGCCUGGCACGGCCCGGACAUAGAACCUUAGAUCGCCUGCCUUUGUGUCUUCACCAUCUAAUGGAGGCAGUGGUGUGUAGUGGCGUGCAAUCUGCACUUCCGGUUGCUUAAACUCGACAGACCACUGAGGGAACAUCCACUCCCCUGACCCUGGCUUUAGGUACGUCGAUGCAUUCUGUGGAUUCUGCGUCUCGGCGGUGACGAUGAAUGUGGUGGGUGAGAUAUUUUCACGUGAUGUGAUAGUAUAUGGAACAAAUGUUUCCUUGUUCAAUGUGGCAGACUGAGGUGUUGAUGGCGUGAAAAGGUAGUAGGUCAGUCCGCCGAGAGCAAGGAGAGCCGCGGCGGAGGGUGCGAAUGCUCGAGACUCUCUAGGUGGUUGAGAGUUUAUGGUUCCAUAUGAGUACUUUCUAGCCUUUGUAGCAAGACUAGGCGAGCACGGAUUCAAAGAGAGUAUUGAGCGACAGACUGAUGGCGACGGUGGUUUGGAUAAGACAGAUCCUGGUAGUCGGGACAGCGCCUGGAAACGGACUGUUGAGCGCAUCUUUGCCGCUUAAUCGCUCUAUUUCACACAAUUUUAUAACAUUAAUAACAUUUGAGAUAACUGGCCGAAUAUUUUAGACUGUUAUACAAGCGUUGGGUACAAAGGGAUGGUGUUGAUAUGUCGUGCUUGUAGCUGUCACUCGUCAAAGUAAAAUAAUCGCCAGGUCACGUGUAGGGGUAGCCAAUGUUCAACAUCAUCCCAGUAAAUU